GUUUUCAACAUGUCGAAAAGACAUCGCAUCGAUGUUGGGGAUUCUUAUAGCAAACGCAGAUAUGAUAAUGACAGAGACCAUGGUCGAGACCGAGACAGAGAUCGGGACAGGGAGCGUGGUCGUGAUCGGGAACGAAGUGGACCAAUAACUUUCUCUGCCUCCUCCACCAAUCCUGGAACCUUCACAAGUGCGCAGCCUCCAGCAGUCUUGCCUGUUGCUAUGCCUGCCUUUCAGAUGAACCCAUUUGUUGGUUUGCCAUAUACUCCAAGGUACCAUGAGCUGUUCAGAAAGAGGAGCCAGCUGCCCGUGUGGGAGUACAAGCAGAAGUUUUUGGAGACGUUAUCCAACCAUCAGUCGACAGUACUAGUGGGAGAGACCGGAUCUGGCAAAACUACACAGAUUCCACAAUGGUGUCUCGAAUGGGUGCGAGCUCGCUACAACAAGAAGGGUGUGGCAUGUACACAGCCGAGACGAGUGGCUGCUAUGUCUGUCGCCAAACGUGUAUCUGAGGAGAUGGAUGUCAUGCUGGGCCAAGAGGUUGGCUACAGCAUUAGGUUUGAGGACUGCACUUGUCAGAAGACUCUCCUCAAGUACAUGACAGAUGGUAUGUUGCUGCGAGAGGCCAUGUCCGAUCCCCUCCUUGACGCGUAUGGUGUGGUGAUUCUCGACGAGGCUCACGAGCGUACUCUUGCCACGGACAUCUUGAUGGGUCUGUUGAAGGAAGUAGCAAAACAACGAGCUGAUCUCAAAAUCAUCAUCAUGAGUGCCACGCUCGAUGCUGGCAAGUUUCAGAACUAUUUUGACAAAGCACCUCUCCUGAAUGUGCCUGGGCGAACACAUCCUGUCGAGAUCUUCUACACCCCCGAACCCGAGCGUGAUUACUUGGAAGCUGCCAUUAGGACUGUUAUACAGAUCCACGUCUGUGAGGAGAUUGAGGGAGAUAUUCUGCUCUUCUUGACUGGACAAGAGGAAAUUGAAGAAGCUUGUAAGAGAAUGAAGAACGAAAUUGACAACCUGGGAUCAAAAGUGGGAGAAAUGAAAUGUAUUCCACUCUACUCAACAUUACCGCCAAACUUACAACAGAGAAUCUUUGAGGCGGCACCUCCAAAGAGGCCGGAUGGGGGGAUUGGGAGGAAGUGUGUUGUAUCGACCAAUAUCGCAGAGACGUCACUGACAAUCGAUGGCGUUGUGUUUGUGAUUGAUCCUGGAUUUGCUAAACAGAAGGUGUACAACCCUCGUAUUCGAGUUGAGUCCCUCCUCGUGUCUGCCAUUAGUAAAGCCAGUGCCCAGCAGAGGGCAGGUCGUGCCGGUCGCACCAGACCUGGAAAGUGUUUCAGACUGUACACCGAGAAAGCCUAUCAAAAUGAGAUGCAGGACAACACGUAUCCAGAGAUCCUGAGGUCAAAUCUUGGAUCUGUUGUACUCCAGCUGAAGAAACUUGGCAUUGAUGAUUUGGUUCAUUUUGAUUUCAUGGACCCUCCAGCCCCAGAGACAUUGAUGAGGGCGCUAGAGUUACUGAACUACCUCGCUGCCCUGGAUGACGAAGGAGAGUUGACUGAGCUUGGCUCCAUGAUGGCAGAGUUCCCGCUUGAUCCCCAGUUGGCCAAGAUGGUGAUUGCAAGCUGCGAUUUUAGUUGCUCCAAUGAGAUUCUCUCCAUCACUGCCAUGUUAUCAGUUCCGCAGUGUUUCGUGCGCCCAACCGAGGCUAAGAAGGCUGCAGAUGAAUGCAAGAUGAGAUUCGCUCACAUCGAUGGAGACCACCUGACGCUGCUGAAUGUCUACCACGCAUUUAGGCAGAAUCAUGAGGAUGCUCAGUGGUGUUACGAUAACUUCGUCAACUGUCGAUCACUGAAGAGUGCAGAGAAUGUCCGACAGCAGUUGGCUCGAAUCAUGGACCGCUUCAGCUUGAAGAGGGCGAGCACAGACUUCACCAGCCGUGACUACUACAUCAACAUCCGGAAAGCACUCGUUUCUGGAUUUUUCAUGCAGGUGGCUCAUCUUGAAAGGACAGGUCACUACCUGACGGUGAAGGACAAUCAAGUUGUCCAGCUACAUCCGUCAACAUGUCUCGACCACAAGCCUGAGUGGGUGUUGUAUAACGAGUUUGUGUUGACCACCAAAAACUACAUUAGGACUGUCACAGAUGUUAAACCUGAUUGGCUAAUAAAACUUGCUCCACAGUACUUCGACAUGGUAAACUUUCCGAUGUGCGAGGCUAAGCGGGAGCUGGAGAAGAUCAUCAGUAAAGUGGAGUCCAAGGCUUACAAUCAACAAGCUCAGGCCCAGCAAUAUUGAGGGAGGAACAAAUACCUUGACAUUUGGAGGGUUAUGAGUACAUUUUGACUAGGACCAGACCAACCAGAUUGUGAUAGGACAUUAGCCAAGGCUCCUAACUACUCCAAUAGUGCUAGUGGCAUUGCCAUUGGUAAUGUUGGGACUAUCUCGUCUCUAAGUCGGACUCAAUGAUUUAGGGACUUUGGCCAAUAGAUGGCCGCAUUGACUGGUCAAAUUACUGUAAACUGGUAAAUCAGUGACCUUAAACAUGUAGGGAAACAGCAUAAGCAAGUAGACCUAGGGAUCAUGUUGAGUUUGCCGUUCUUUAUGGAUUCAUUUGAUAUAUUUCCAUGUAAUACCGGUAUCUUUGAUCAGUGCAGUUUAUAAAUCUAAAGGUGGCCCGCUUUAUAUUGAUGUCUAUGUAUCAAGUGCUACAGGAUAUGGUGUUGGCCUCCAUUUCAGUGCAGUAGUAGAAAACAAUUUGGCCUAUGUGCUCAUAACAGGUUGGUCACUAAUUCUUAUGGGCUUAAUCAAAGGAGAUAAUGCCAAGUUGGGGAUAAUUUAUUGACUUGUUUUGGACACACGUGCACCCUGUAAAUGAUAUACCAGAUUUGUGCAUUUAGAAAAGAUUUCAAGAUGCUGACUUAGCUUACAAAUUGCAAAGUAAUAAUGGAGUUUCUCAAUGAAUCAUUAAAUGGCCUUCAUUUUGACUUGAAGUCUUUGAAAAUGAGAAGUGUUUUCAGUGCAUUGUUAUAGUGAUGUGCCUGUGAGUCUGUAUGUAGAUACAUUGAUGUGAUGUACAUAUACUUCCUUUUUGAUCUGUGUGCUAGAUGAGUUCAUGUUUUUCCUUUGAAUUAUUGUCCCCUUAAGGGGAACAGAAGGUCACAAUGAGAAGUUGUAUUUUUGUAUUGAGAAGCAUGGUCUCCCAUUUUGCAUGUCUAACCUUGUAAGAACUAAAUGCAUAAUGCUUUAUUCAUUCAGUGUUUGUGAAAUGUUCAUUGUACUAGUAUGAACUGUGUCAUUGUGUCCUAAAGAUUAGGUUCCAUUUGGGGAGUAUAUUCACCCUGGCUAAUCAUUAUUCAUAUGUCAAACACAAAUUUGUCGGGGUGACAUUGAGAUUGAAAAAAAGUAGCCCGAGCUAUGCUGUGUUCAUUGACAUGCAAUGCCAUAAAGGUGUGGUGCUUCACAGGGCAUUUAGUUCAUAAGGGGUUAAUUCUUGCACCUGGUAUCUGAAGUAUAUUUCUGUAUACGUCAUGGAAAAUAUCUUUGUAACAGUGGAAUAAAGUAGUACGGAUGAGAAGUGGAUUUGUCAUUGUAUUCUAGGGUCAUAUACAGAUAUAGGAGGCAAUGAUAGUGGAUGAAAUCACUUUUGGGAGAGGAUAGGGGUUUCUUUCUCAUACUUGAUGAGUUCUCAUAUUCAUACUACAUGACGUCUUCGAUGAACACAGGACUAUAAGAAUGAGUAAAAUGAAAUGAUGUUUUCAUAAUAUAUCUGUAUUAUGUAAAAUUA